UUAUCUGUAUAUAUUUUUUUUAGAGAAAGAGAGUGUGUGAGAGGGGAUGGGAGAGGAGACAGUGAUGGAUAAGCAGGCGGAAUUAUGGAAUGAGAAGCAGCAAACCCUAAUUGAGGAAGUGUCAGAGAAGCUCAUCAAUGGCGAUUUGGAUACCAAAAUACAAGCCGCAAGAGAAAUAAGGAAGCUGGUCAGGAAGUCCUCCUUAAAGACUCGAUCCAAGUUCGCAGCCGCUGGAGUCAUACAACCCCUCGUUUCGAUGCUCCUAUCGCCCAAUCUUGAUGCCCGUGAAGCUUCUCUCCUUGCUCUCCUCAAUCUCGCUGUCAGAAAUGAACGAAACAAGGUCAGGAUAGUGACAUCUGGCGCCAUUCCACCUCUUGUGGAGCUCCUCAAGUUCCCAAGCAGCAGUUUAAGGGAAUUGGCAACUGCAGCAAUUUUAACACUCUCAGCUGCUGCGGCCAACAAGGCGACAAUAGCAGCUUCUGGAGCAGCACCUCUCCUGGUUCAGAUUCUUAACUCUGGAAGUGUUCAAGGAAAAGUUGAUGCUGUCACAGCCCUGCACAAUCUCUCGACUUGUGAAGAAAACCCAACUCCAGUACUUGAUGCCAGAGCAGUAUCUCCUCUCAUCAGCCUCCUCAAAGAAUGCAAGAAAUACUCCAAAUUUGCAGAGAAAACUACAUCUCUACUUGAAAUCCUUUCUAAGUCUGAAGAGGGACGAAAUGCAAUUUCAUGUUCAGAAGGUGGGAUUUUAACCUUAGUAGAAACGAUUGAAGAUGGAUCUCUUGUGAGCAUGGAGCAUGCUGUUGGAGCUUUGCUCUCCUUGUGCCAGAGCUGCCGAAAAAAAUACCGGGAACUUAUCCUUAAAGAAGGUGCAAUACCAGGGCUUUUACGACUAACAGUGGAGGGUACACCUCUAGCACAGGAGAGAGCACGUUUACUAUUAGACUUGCUCAGAGACUCUCCUCCAGAUAAGACACUGACCUCCUCUGUCUUGGAGAGAAUUGUUUACGACAUUGCUGCUAGGGUUGAUGGAUCGGAAAAAGCUGCUGAAACCGCCAAGCGAUUGCUGCAAGACAUGGUUCACCGAAGUAUGGAGAUCAGCAUGAGCCGCAUUCAGCUUAGGGCUGCAUCUUGUACACCUUCAGAUAUUCAAUCUGCAUGACGAAUCAUUAACCUGCUGAGAAUUACAUAUACAAGAAACCGGUUUUAGGAGCUUUAUUUCUGAACCCAUGCAUCUUGUUUGUCCAAUCAAAAGCUCUUACUGUUGCCCCCAACUUGAUCCUAUCUUAGGGUCAGAACGCAUAGAGUUAUACCGAGGAAGUUGUCACUGGUAUUUCUUGGCUCUAGUGAGCUGAUUUUGAUGACCUCAUUGCCCAUUGUACAUCUUGAACUUUUAACCCUGAGAGUGUAUAAAAAUUAAUUUUACUUUAAA